AUGCGAGCUGCGCACACGGCGGUGUGGAUCUGGGAUCCGGUGGAUGCCAGCGCUGUCUUCCACCACCCGCAAGAAAUCCCCGAGGGGAAUGAGGAGCUAUCGAAGGAGCGGUUUAUGGACAGGAUGGUUGGGGCGCGCCUGAACAAACUGUCCAAGGCGACGUUGCUGGACCAGAAGGGUCCCAUCGCCAUGGUCUCGCGCGAGGACGGCAGCAGUCACGAGGUGCCAACGGGCCGUAUGCUGCCGUACUACGAAGGCCUUCUCGUCCUGCAGGAGCUUGAGGCGAAAGAUGACCCCAAGGUAACUUGGUUCAACGACCGCUACCGCAACACCCUGAACCAGGAGCGCAAGAAGCACAAGAAGUUGCAUGGCACUCUCUAUGUCGAGAAGAAGCUGAUGAGCACCUGCGUCACAGGAAAGGGUUUCCUGGAUGCGGACGACAAGUCGCACGACUAUCGGCGGACGAAUGUGAAAGAGACGGACAAUGUCUCAGAUGGCGAGGAGGUUGCGCCUCCGAACGGCUUUUGGCAGAUCUCUGACAUCACGGGCUACAUGCCACCUUGGGAAGCGUUUUGCCACGAGCGCGGUGGUUUCUACCAGGACUUCUACCAGGUGCAGUGGAAGAAGCCGCUUAACAAGGCGGACCAUGCCAAAGUCGAGAACCGCGGCGACGAACCAGGCUCGACCUGGGAGCCGGACGACUGCAUACCGCCCUGCCUCGACGGCCUUCGGCUCCGUGAGAAGGGAAAGUGGCUCAAGCGCAAGCGCGAGCAGGAGCAGAAAGAGAGCAACGGGGACUCCCAGGGAGCCGCCGCGGCAAAGUCGAAGCGUCCCCGGAAUGAGGGCUCACCGAAGCUCCUGGAUGGGGGGAGCCCACCAGAGGUGGAGAAACCACCGCCGCCUCCUCCAAAGAUGGGACGGUACAGGCGCAACGGCACUCCACUUAUCCAAGACAUGUUUCGUCUGAAGCGUGGUCAUGACUUCGACCCGCCAAAAAUAAACAACCCUGACGUCCGAACCGGGUGGCCAAAGAAGGCCGAGGACUAUCCACCCGGCUACGGGUGUGCCGACCCGCCUGGUCUCUGCAGUGCAAAUUGCGAUUGCAUGGACGACCAAAGGGCACAGAAGAGCUGGGAGACCUCCAAGAACUGGCUCGAGGACGGGAAGCGUCAUACAGAUGCUACGAUGGCCCUUGAUAUGCUGAGCGCGCAAUCGCGAUUCGUUCGAAGAAGGGGUCAGGUCACCAAGUGUUGCUACUUUGAGACCAACCAGACGAGCUUCGGGGAUCAGACGCACACAAAAGCGGCCCUCACCCUGGCGAAGGAGUUUGAGGAUUCCGUCAAGGCGGUUCUGAAGGAGAUACCCAUCUCUGUUUUGGAAGAGAAUGGAGACUCGGUACGAAUCCCUUGCAGCGCCUUGCUCAAGCCGUCGGAGGAUUAUGCGCCAGUGCAGUUCCAGCUGUCGCAGACCUCCACCGCUCGCCAGUGGCUGUCCCUGGGCGAGGAGGAUGGGAGGCUGUCGCUCAUUGGCCAGGGCCCGCCGUCGAGGCCCGCGCCGUUCAGAGUGGAGUUCGUCCACCCGGAGGGGAUGACUGCCGUCGUUGACUGCAUGGUCACCGACACGGCGCAGAGACCGUGGCUGGAAAGCUCGGCCGCGAUUGCCCAGCGGUUCCUGGAUGUCACACACUGUCCUCUUUCACGCAAUGCUCGCAUUGUGCUGCAAGAGCACCUGGGAAAGAUUUACAACUUCGAAGCCAAGCGGGCGAAGGAAAUCUCCCUCGGCCGAUGGCUCAACUUUGCGGACCUCAUCAUCCGCAUGCUCAGAACGACGGCUAUGGCUCACGUGGUGAAGUCGGAG